UAACUAAUUAAAAAAUCAGAAUUUUGUUUUUAAAUAUAAAGUGAUGUAAAAUGAAAAGGGAGGAGAGAAAAACGGCAACAAAGCCUGAAAAACAGAAACGACGACAACUCAGUAGUCGAUACUUGAAGAAGCUUUUUUUUUUUUCUCUUUUUAGAAAGAAAGGAAAAAGGAGGAAACUUUGAUUUUGCUUUUCUCUUCCUAGUUUUACCUUUUUUAAAAGAAAAUUAGCGGAAACGACGACAACACGCCGUUCGAAUUCCGGCGACGGUGAAAUUACAGUUUUACUCUUUUCCUUAGUUGGAGGAUGGCCGUGAGGCCGCCGCAUAUGGCAUUCCGAUUUGUUUUCUGUAUGGUUUCAACUCCAAUAUAGUUUAUUAUUUUUAUCUUUUAGAUAAAAAAGAAGGGAGAAGAAGCUUUUCUUUUGGUUUUUGUAUUUGAAUCUGGAAGAUACAAGGGAGCAUUGUGGACGUCCGAUUCGAUUUCGAUAAUGGUGAUGAAGGGAUGGAUGGUGGUGGAAAAAGGGAGGAGGAUUGUACGGACGGCGUUUUUCAUGGUGGCGAUGUUGACGUCGCUUCUGGCAUCGUCUCUGCCGUUGCUGGCGGGGAUAGGCGACAUCAUGAUCCCUUUCCUUUUACUCUCAAGCUUCACAUGCGUCACGUGCUACGGUUUAAAGGAACACUUUCGUCGUUACGCUUUCAAAUACUCCUUAACCGAUAUACCUCUAGUUUCCAUCCUCAGAUCUAUCAUCAUCAUUUGUGUAUAUUCGAUGUGCGAUGGCCCGGCAUUAUCCCAUGGACCUUACAUAGGAACGGUUGCUUUAUGUUCAUUCGUUUCGAUUCUUGUACUAUCGGUCAAAGCUUGUGUUUUUACGGUGAAUUCGCAAAUAGUGGCGGAGGCAUCGUCGGGUUAUUCAUUGGCAAGGCAAAGGCUUCAUUUCAAGAAAUCAUGGGGAAUGCCAGUUUUGUUCCUUUCGUCAGUUGUUUUCGCACUUGGUCACAUUGUAGUUGCUUAUAGAACAUGUUGCAGAGCAAGGAGAAAGCUUUUGUUUCAUCGAGUUGAUCCUGAAGCAGUUCUUUUGUGCAAAAAUGUUUUCUCUAGCUUCCAGAAGGUUCCACGAUCUCCCACUCCCUCCAUAGGGAAAACUCCAAAAAGUGAUGGGGAAACAAGACGAAAGCCUUUUGGGCAAUCUGGCGACGAUGGGGAGGUUCCUAUUAGAUUGCUUGCUGACGUUGAUAGCUUGUUCAUUACAUUGCAAGGGCUUACCGUUCAUUACAAGCUUUGCUUUCCUGGUUCACCCCCUAGGGCUUUGUCAUCUACUACCUUUCUAGAUCCUGAAGUUAGUUGCGCACCACAAGUUGCACCUGGAAAGCUAAAGCUUGAUAGGCAAGCAUUAAGUGUGUUGUCAAAAACGCAAUAUCACCAUCUUCAGAGGAGUUAUAGCAACCAAUUUCAUAGCUCUUCACUUUAUGCUCCACUGUUGGAUGCUUCCCCAACAUCUCCUGUUAUUUCUAAAGAUGUUCCUGUUUUCAGCCUUGAUCAUUCCGUUGCACAGGUUGAGACAAGUAAUUUGAAAUCUGGAACUCUAGAGAAAGUUAUAGAGGCGAAUGGCCAGUUUGGUAUUAUUUUAGUCCAUGGGUUUGGAGGGGGAGUCUUUUCUUGGAGGCAUGUGAUGGGGGUGCUUGCUUGCCAUGUUGGUUGUCCAGUUGCUGCUUUUGAUCGGCCGGGUUGGGGAUUGACUUCUAGGCCAAGCAGGAAAGAUUGGGAGGGAAAACAGUUGCCCAAUCCUUACAAACUUGAAACUCAGGUUGACUUGCUUCUUUCCUUCUGCUCUGAGGUGGGGUUUUCUUCGGUGGUGCUUGUUGGACAUGAUGAUGGAGGCAUCCUUGCUUUGAAGGCUGCACAAAAAGUCCAAGCCUCGAUGAAAUCUUACAAUAUUACAAUCAAAGCGGUGGUUUUGCUAAGUGUUAGCUUGUCAAGAGAGGUUGUUCCCGCCUUUGCAAGGACACUCUUGCGCACGUCACUUGGGAAGAAGCACUUAGUUCGUCCACUUCUGCGAACAGAAAUUACACAAGUGGUGAAUAGGCGUGCAUGGUAUGAUGCAACCAAGUUAACAACAGAUGUUUUGAGCCUCUAUAAGGCUCCACUUUGUGUAGAAGGUUGGGAUGAAGCACUUCAUGAAAUAGGCAGGUUGUCAAAUGAAACGAUCCUUUCACCGCAGAAUGCAACAUCACUGCUAAAGGCUGUUGAAGAGAUGCCAGUAUUGGUCAUUACCGGUGCUGAAGAUGCCCAUAUUUCUCUUAAAUCUUCCCAGGCCAUUGCUUCGAAACUUGUAAAUUCUAGACUGGUUGCAAUAUCUGGAUGUGGCCAUCUUCCACAUGAGGAAUGCCCCAAGGCUUUACUUGCAGCUAUUUCACCUUUCUUAAGCAGAUUGCUACUCCCAGAAUUGCAACGGCGGUAGGACACCUCUUUCCAACUUACAUACUUUGGUUCUUAUCCUGCGGUACUCCCAACUUUUCAUUUCCCUGCAAGUAUCCGUAUUGGACACAUCUUCGAACAUCGUUAUGGGUACAAUCCUGAAAAUGAAAGUAUUCAUAUCCAACUAAUCCGAAUUCUGUCCAAGUAACAUGGUUUUUAUCUUUUGUAGGAGUCUUUUAUCUUUUUAUUUUGAGUUUUCCCAUUUUACCCUGAAAAUGAAGAGAUACAAGUUCAACCUCUUCAUUUGGGUGUUUUUGACGUGUUCCCUUCCUUAACCCUAAUUCUCUGGGGUGUUUGUAGAGCUCUCACUUCUUUUUCCUAGUGAUUUUUGUUGUUAGGGUUUGAAUUUUACCGACACUUGUUUCAACAGUUGUUUAAAGUAGUGGCAAAAUGGCAUGUAAUUGUAAAUUUAUUAAAAUUGGCAAUGAAUGCAUUUGAGCUAUCAAAA